AUGUGGGGCGGUGUCGCAGAGAGUCCCCGGCGCCGAGGAGGUGUGGUCACAGGAACGUGAGGGGGACAGCGACCAAUGAAAGGCUCUCUUCCGCAGCUCCGGGGCUAGCGAACGGAAAUUAAAAAAAAAAAAAAAAAGCGAGAACCAAUCGGAAAGGGCAGAGGACAGGCGCUCACCAAUCUGAAGGCGCGUUCCAUCAACGCUGGCCGGGACGGGAGCGUGGGGGCUCUUGACUUGGCUGCGCGCGACAGCGGGACGUGGCCGAGGGCGCGCGACAGCCGGGCGGCCGGGUGCCGUGCGGCGCGCGGACCAUGACCCGCAGCUGCUCCGCUCUGGGCUGCACCACGCGGGACACCGGGCUGAGCCGGAAGCGGGGCAUCUCCUUCCACCAGUUUCCUAUUGAUGACAUACAGCGUACAAAGUGGAUCCAUGCUGUUAAUCGAGCAGACCCCAAAAGCAAAAAGGUUUGGAUUCCAGGACCUGGUGCCAUAUUGUGUUCCAGACAUUUUGCAGAAGCGGAUUUCGAAUCAUAUGGCAUGAGAAGAAAACUAAGGAAAGGAGCUGUACCUUCUGUUUUUCUAUACAAGGAUCCUCUGAGUACAUAUCUUAGAAAUAGAAGAUCCCAGAAAGCAUUAAAGCAGCCACUCUCACACAAUUCUUCUGAUGAGGAGGUCAUUACUGCGGAUCACAACUAUAGCUUAAAGAAUCCUGCAACGGCUGCUGAGCAACAGACAGAAAUGAAAGAAAUAGUACAGUUGCCUAAAAAGAAACUUGUUGCAGCACGAAGGGGUCUCUCUUACCGAGAACGAAAUGUCUUUAGCGUAAUCAAUGAGCUUGUAAAGAAGAAGCUGCUCUCUGAAGAAGCUAUGAGCCUGCUGCAGGCCCAGUUUUCAGAUUUGCAGUGGGAACCAUACAGCUGGAGACAGCUGACUGAGUGCUCCACAGAAAUGAGGCAGUUUGCCUGUACUCUCCACCUCUAUAGUAGUAAAGGCUAUGAUUAUGUAAGAAAGAAUUGCCCCCUGCCUCAUCCUUCCAGCCUGACAAACUGGUUGUCUAAUGAUGAAGGUAGUCCAGGCUUCAGCAACAGUAUUUUCUUUCACCUUCAGCAGAGAGUAGAGCAAGGAGAACAGGCAUACCAGUACUGCUCACUGAUGAUCGAAGGUAUGGCUCUCAAGAAACAGCUGGAGUGGGACCCUGUGACUCGACGUCUGAUUGGGUUUGUAGACGUAGGUGCAGGAGCACUUGAUGCUGAUGAAGCACCACUGGCCUCAGAAGCUAUAGUCCUAAUGGCAGUAGGUGUUCUUGGUCACUGGAGAGCUCCCCUGGGUUAUUUCUUUGUAAAUGGAACCACUGGCCAUUUACUAGCUCAGCUGCUUUAUCAGACCAUCAGCAAGCUGACCAGCAUAGGUGUCAGAGUUCUCUCUGUGACGUCUGCGGCCACUGCUCACGGUGUUGAGCUGGCAAAGGCGUUGGGCAUACGUAUGGAUGCCAACAACAUGCAGUGCACUUUUCAGCAUCCUCACAGUGCCACUCAUCAGAUCACAUACUUCUUUGAUGCUUGCCAUAUGCUCCAGUUAAUAAGAAACGUGUUUCAGUGCUUUCAUAGGAUACAGUUCAUUAAUGAAACAGCACAUUGGCAACACAUAGUGGACCUAGUGACUCUGCAGGAGAAGGAAUUACUGUAUAUUAGUGACCGAUUGUCAGGAAGACCCAGAAAUAGUGAAAGCUGUCACUUGAGGGUGAACUACGUAGCACAGCUGUUCAGUGAGAGUGUCACUGGCACGCUGGAAUGUCUCCAGUUGUUGGGCCUGCCUUCUUUUCAGAACUGCAGUGGGACCAUCAAAUUUGUGCGCUUGAUGAGCUCUCUGUUUGACAUUUUUCAUGGAAGAAGCUGUUAUGGAACGGGAUUGAAAGGGCCUGUGUCCUCUGAAAAUUACGUCAAGAUACAUCGCCUCUUAACUGAGGCUAAAAGUGUCUUUGUUGCGUUAACUGACACUUCAGGGAGACACUUUCUGAAAGGUAAACACAAAUUAGGAUUUCUAGGGUUUUUGCUUAAUGCUGAGAGCUUAAAAUGGCUUUACACAAACUAUGUCUUUCCAAAGAGCAUGCCCUUCCGCUACCUCCUGACUUACACAUUCAGCCUAGAUCAUCUGGAAUUAUUUCUCAGCACCCUCAGGCAAGCAUGUGCUAGCUGCAAUAACCCUACCUGCAUGAUGUUCCAGACUGCUUAUUCUAAACUCCUGACCAAGUAUAAUUUGGCACCAGGAUUACAUCAAAAUCUUUUAGGUGACAUGAACACCUUAGAUGUAUCUAUUGUUCGUAGGACAGAUUUGGCCCUUGGUACCAUUCAUUCUCAGUACGAUCGGGGUUGUGUGGCGAUUCCAUCAAUGGACUACAUUUACUAUACAGGCCAUAUUUCAUUUAACUGUACACUGAGUGAUGCAUUGACAGAUCUGUCACUAUAUGCAGAAAGCAUCACCUAUACUGCUGGCUGUGUUGCUGAGAAGUUAGCAGCUGCCAUAAGAUGUGAAGCCUGUGUCACUUCUCUCUUUGUGUCAGAUGAAAAAAUCCUAAAAUGUGGUUCACUGUUGUGCAUUAAAAAGAUUGGGAGCUGGAGUUUGCCAUCAGAGAGCGUGCGUCAGAUUGUGAGCAUUUCUGAGCAAAUCCUAAAAACGCAUGCAAGAGUGAAAGACUAUAACCUAAGCCUCAAGCAACAGGCUAUGUAUUUAGAACAGAAAAUUUUAUAUGAGUUAUCUGAACAGAGUCACCUUUUCUCGGAGUUAAACAAUCACCUAUUUGAAGGGGAGUUGUGUGUCACCAAUCACUACACAAUGCUGUUAAGGAACAUAGUGCAAUGUUACUUAAAUGUCAGAGCUGAACAUGCAAAAGAAUGGGGUUUGGAAUACUGUUCUGGAAGGCAUGGAUCGAAGAAGUUGACUAGGAAACAUCCAUUUUCAUCAUCAUUAAAGACUUAUAAAUCUAUCCAAAUCUUUCCUGUGCCAUAAUUUCUUACUAAUUUGUUAAAUGAUCUCCCCUUGAGUAAUGUUUAGAUAAGGUCUGAUCUAUGCAACACAAGUGUCGGAGAACAGGGAUGGUGUAUUUCAGUUGAUCUCUUGGCAAUACUGUGUCCAGCGGUGGCUAAUAAAGGGGAGUCCUAGGAGGAUUAACUGUACUAGGUUCCAGUCAUGCCUGGGGUUAGAAGUGGAAAAUGAGCUUGAUCUCAUCCUAAAUUCUCAUUUAUGCAGAUUGCACGACCACAACCUAUUUUAGAACAACAGUGUCUAUGAAAGGACUAGAUUACAGAAGCUACUGGAAAUCCACAUUGAGGUUCAUUGGCAGUUAUGUGGGGAAGCUUGCUGAAUACCUAUCUAUGCUAUGCCUGGCUCUGGGUAGGGCUGUUAGCCCCUGACUAUGAUGAAUACAAAGUUUCCUCAUACAUGUUUAGAAAAGGGGCUGGGGGGAAAGAACUGAUGGUGUACUAUAGCAGCAGAUAACUCCAUAGAGCUGUAGAAAAAAAAUUAAGCAGCAAAACAGCUUACACAAAGCUAUUAAAAAAAAAAAAAAAGAUUUGUACUAGAAACAACAUGUUUUACUUGUACUUACUGAUUAUGUAAUCACUCUGCCUUUCACCCUUUAAUUCCACUGGCAGCUUAUUAGAAAAAUAAAGGAUUCCAAACUGCUUCCUUUAAGUGCUUAAAUCUGAACAUGAAUUAGGAUAACAUGAAGUGACGAAAAGACCUUGAUUUUGGCUACCCCAAUGGGAAAACAAGUCAGUCAGGUAAGAAAUAAAACUGAUGGAAUAGGGUCAGGUGCAGGGGAUCUGUCAUAGAAUGGAAUAGAUAGAAAAAACAAGACUUGUCAUGCAUUUCUCUAUGCAGGAUUCUAGAAAAUACUAUAUACAGGGUGGGCCAGAUAAUCCUUGAAAAUAUUUAGGAAGUAAUUUAAUAUCUGCAGAUGUGCUUGGCAGUGUAGGAGGUAUCCUGCCUUGGGGAGCUUGCAGUCUAAAGACAGAAUAACUCAGGACCCAGUAGGAGACUUAGUGCAAAGUGUUGGCAAGAAACUUUUGGUUUGCUUGUUUCCUCCUCUUAAUAAAAUGUGGGGAAGACAGUCAAAAAUGUGUAUUUGACUGACAAAGAUUAGUGUUUGCAGAGCUCAUCAGAGAAGUGAAGGCCCAACCUAUUGUUGUUGACCAUGCAGAAGGGAGGGAGAAAGAAAUGAAAGUGGGUGGAAGACUAGUAUUGGUGGGUUAAGAGAGUGAGGAAGGGCAAAAUGAGAUCCAGGCUGUGCCAUCAGCUGAUUAUACAAGGCCUCAAGGGCAAGGAAGAGAUAUUAACAUUUGAUUAGGUGGGUAAGGGGGAAAAGUCCAUUUGAAAGAAGCUGUACAUAGCAACCCUGGGACUUGGGGGGAAAGAUUUGACAUAACUGCAGUGUGUGGUGUAAUAGCCUCCUGCUGCGAAUCAGACAUAUGUUCUUCAGGUUGUGUGUAUAUUAUAUUAAUAUUGUUAACAAAUACACAAAAUAAUAAAAGUGCAGGUUACUGUUUCUCUUCUUUUAACUUUGUUAUUAAUUCCUCUUUCCAGUACCUUUCUGUAUCUAGCUGUUUGACUCCCUCCAUUCUGCACUGUUUUGUACUAAACAACAGUUUAAAAUUCAUCUGCUUAUUUCCAUCUACUGGGUUCUCAUUUCUUCAGUAUAAUUUUGUUUUUUCCCUUUAAGGUUACAAUUCCCCACAAAGAGGAAAUUAAGUAAUUUGCAUUUUAAUGGGCCCAAUCCUGUGAGAUACAGGAUACUUUGUAGUCCAGUUGACUUCAGUAGUUUAGGGUGCUCAAGACCUUCCAGGAACAACCCCCGCUUAAUAGCAUUGUAGGCUUGUGGUCCUAAUCACUAGCUGGGGACAAAUAGUCAUGCCAAGGUUAGUUCCUGUCCCUUUCUGCAGGGCUCGUUUAUUUCUUUGUGAAGAUAAUAAAGAAGGUGUAAAAGUAACACAAACACCCAUUUGGGGAAGGGUAGUUACUGAGCAGACCCUUCCCCCCAUUCGGGGGGUGGGGGUGGUGAAUCCACAAGGCCUGCCUACAGCUUCCUGCUCUAGGUAUAAGAGUGUGUGCUCCCUAAUUUCCCCCACCCUUCCAUGGAGCUGGGUCCUCCUUUCUAUUGUUCAGAUGAGAACAUGGGCCAUUCAUGAAGUACUGCUCAGCUCCAUCAGCUGAUUCCCACCACCUGCCUGAUGGGCUUCUCUCUGGAGCAGUCAGCUUUGCUUGAGCCAUUAAAGAGGUCAUCUUCUGUCCCCAUUUUAAUGAGGAUUCCUCCCUCUCACAUACCAUGUCCUGUACCAGCCUGUGGUUGUGGACAACCCAAGACAACAGCUGAAGCCUGAAUUACUGCUGUAACAGAUGGUGCUGUAUUUGUAGCUGCUGGUGUUGCUGCUAUGGUAGGAUCUGCUGCAGCUGCUGUUGCUCUCCCAUCCACUUCAUGAGAGUUUCAGGAUCAUGCUUCUCUCUGAGCAGUGGCAAGCUAUGCCUGCAUUGUUCACUACAUAUAGGCUGGUGGUCCUGAUCAUCAGCUGAGGACAAAUGGCCACACCCAGCUUUCCUCAGGGCUGUGCUUAUUCUUCUUACAAAAAAAGAAAGAAAAAUGUGCAAAAGUAACACAGACAACCAUCUGAUGAAGGGUUCAGACUGGGGGCCUCUGGUAACUACCAAACAGGCCCUGCCUACAGUCAGCUGUUCUGAUUACAGAAGAAUGGGGAAACGGAAGGAAGAGAGUGCCCUUUCUCAUGGAGCUGGGCCCCGCCUUUAUAUUGCUCAGCUGACAGCAUGGGCCAAUCGAGGUACUGUUCAGCUGCAGCCACUGAUUCCCAACACCUGUCUGCUGGGCGUCUCUCUGGAGUAGGAUCAGCUCCUUGUCCCUGCCUACUCCAGCCACUAAAAGGGCAGAUGGCCCUGUUACAAGCAUCAUGAGAGAAAACAAUGGAAUUCCUGUUGACUGGAUGAUGGAAACAGAAAACUCGAGAACUUUGUAUGUUCACUAAGAAAUGGGUAAGGCCUUCAAACAUCAUGGUGAUGGGUGGUGUAUGAACAGAAAGAUUUCAGCUGAGGACCUCAAAAUGCUUUACAAACUUUAAUUAUCCCUUCCAAUAGCUUUGUGAAGUGAGGAAGACACAGUGAUUAUUUCACUCACCUCUGACAUGAAAAGCUAAGGAUGAACAUAACUGUUUAGCAGCACAUGGUAAUGUGACUUACACAAUAGGUUAGGGCUGGAGGUGAAGAAUUCACUUCCCCUUUUAGUACUUAUGAGUACCCAAACAAUCCCAAAAAGUGUUGGAGAAAUCUAGAUAUGUAAAAUACACUUACCCCAGCUAGAAGUUAGUCAGACACCAGUAAAGUGUCUCCUCUGUCUUGCCUAAAGAUUCCCCUAGGUGUCUUUAAUGAUUGCGAGCAGGUACGACCUCCAUUUUACAUGUCAUCCAAAAUAGAGCAUGGCCACUCACACAGUCGCCUUAAACUGUCCUGGGGCACUGAUUUCAAGACCGAGUCUAAGAAAGAGAAACAUCUACUGAAUCACCAGUGUGGGUUCCUGUUAUAACUAAGUGUUUUUUGGAGGUUUACCCAGACAAACCAAUGUAGUUUGUGAGAUAUGACAGGGUGACACUACAAGGCAGUGUGAUUGCAGGCCAAUUAUUAUUAUUAUUAAGUAAGGCCUGAAUUAAAGUUUUGUUUUCCAGAACUCUAAAGGAAGGUGUCCAGAGUUAUGUAGCUGUGACUUUACGCAUGUUAUUGAAAACAAUAAGUUGACCUUGAGGUAUAGCAAUACGUUUUCCAAUUCAAUUUCUCCUUGCUUUAUUUUAGCUGGUUGUACGUUUCCUAAUUCUAAUGUCUUUUUUUGAGAUAGAGUGACCAGAAUUGCAGAGUGUUCAAGGUGUAGGCAUACCAUGGAUUUAUAUAGUGGCAUUAUAUUUUCUGUCCUAUUAUUUAUUCCUUUCCUAAUGGUUCUGAUAUUUUACAGAAUAUUUUACAGAAGGGCAACAAAAAUGAUUAGGGGUAUGGAACAGCUUCCACAUGAGGAAAGAUAAAAAAGACUGGGGCUUGUCAGCUUGGAAGAAGAGAUGACUGAAGAGGGAUAUGAUAGAGGUCUAUACAAUCAUGAAUGUUGUGAAGAACAUGAAUUAGGAAGUGUUAUUUACCCCUUUUACAUAAUACAUGAACCAGGGGAUAACUAAUUAAAUGAAUAGGCAG